AACUUUUUGAGCAAACCAGGAGGCGGGAGGAGGGGUUUGUCCCGCGGCGAGGAGGAGGAGGAGGAGGAGGAGGAACUGCUUUUAACCGCCCGCGAUGAGGAUCCGUCUGGCGAGAAGAUGGACGUGGGUCCGCAAAAGCUGCGUGUUUCUGGGCUUCUUGAUGAUCGCUUACUUUGCGGUCGAGCUGUCGGUUUCUUCCUUCGGUGCCUCCCUCGCCGGGGAGAGCAUCACCAAAGGGAGAUGGGAGAGGCGCUUUUCUGACAGAGCAGGAGAAGCUGUGGAUUUGGCUCGUCCCGUUUAUGACAAAUCCCCGCCCGAUCCUUACGCUCCAGGAGAAUGGGGUAAGCCCUCUCGCCUGCAGCUGACUCCCGAGGAGAAGAAACAGGAAGAAGAGCUGAUCGAGAAGUAUGCAAUUAAUAUUUAUGUGAGCGAUAAAAUCUCUCUCCACCGGCACAUUGAAGAUAAUCGACUGAGUGGCUGUAAAACCAAAUCUUACGACUACAGGAGGCUGCCCACGACGUCUGUUAUAAUCGCUUUUUACAAUGAAGCCUGGUCAACGUUGCUGCGGACGAUACACAGUGUUCUUGAAACAUCGCCUUCGGUGCUUCUAAAAGAAAUUAUACUGGUGGAUGACUUAAGCGAUAAAGUGUAUUUGAAGAGUGACCUCGAAAAAUACAUAAGCAGUCUGAACAGAGUUCGUUUGAUAAGAACCAACAAACGAGAAGGAUUGGUUCGCGCACGCUUAAUUGGCGCUACCUUUGCUACUGGUGAUGUCCUCACGUUUCUAGACUGUCACUGUGAAUGUGUCUCUGGCUGGCUGGAGCCACUGCUCGAGAGGAUCGCUGAGAACGAGACUGUUAUUGUUUGCCCUGUCAUUGACACCAUUGACUGGAAAACGUUUGAAUACUACAUGCAAACGGCAGAGCCCAUGAUUGGGGGGUUUGACUGGCGGCUGACAUUCCAGUGGCACUCGGUGCCUAAACAUGAGCGGCUCAGGCGGAAAUCUGAAACUGACCCAAUCAGAUCCCCAACUAUGGCUGGUGGCUUGUUUGCUGUCAGCAAGAAGUAUUUUGAGUACCUGGGUACCUACGAUACGGGAAUGGAUGUCUGGGGAGGGGAGAACUUAGAAUUAUCGUUUAGGGUUUGGCAGUGUGGAGGCAUGUUGGAAAUUCAUCCAUGCUCCCAUGUGGGCCAUGUGUUUCCAAAGCGCGCGCCCUAUGCUAGACCGAAUUUCCUUCAGAACACAGCACGUGCUGCUGAGGUGUGGAUGGAUGAGUACAAAGAGCACUUUUACAACAGAAAUCCUUCUGCAAGAAAAGAAAACUACGGAGAUAUUUCUGAGAGAAAGAUAUUAAGAGAACGUUUGAAAUGCAAGAGUUUUAACUGGUAUUUAAAAAACAUAUUUGCUGAGUUGCAUGUACCAGAAGAUCGUCCUGGCUGGCAUGGUGCUAUCCGCAGCGCAGGAAUAGCUUCAGAAUGCCUCGACUAUGUCUUACCAGAGCAUCAUCCUACUGGGGCUCACCUUUCUCUCUUUGGAUGUCAUGGUCAGGGAGGCAAUCAAUUUUUUGAAUACACAUCAAAUAAGGAGAUUAGAUUUAACUCUGUAACUGAGCUAUGUGCUGAAGUCCCUGAGCAUGAAGACUUCAUAGGUAUGAGGAGCUGCCCAAAAGAUGGAUCUCCUACCCCUGAAAUUAUUAUAUGGCAUUUCAAAGAAGAUGGGACUAUUUACCAUCCUCAUUCGGGAAAGUGCCUUACCGCUUAUCGUACAACUGAGGGGCGUGCCGAUGUGCAAAUGAGAACUUGUAAUGCUGCAGAUAAAAAUCAGAUUUGGAAAUUUGAGAAAUAAUCACUGCUGGUAGUAUGAAUCGAAUGGACUGUAAUCUCCAAGGUUUUUACAUGUGUGAGCAGAUAGUGAUGUUUGAUUGUAUACCUUGGAAUGUCUUCAGAUGCAUCUGUAGUGGUGUAGAAACUGCAUCUGCUGUGGUGAAUUGUAUGGAAAGCAAAAGUAAAUGCUGGGGUGUAGCUUCUAAAACGUCGAAUACAGAUCUAAUGCCUUUUAUUUUUGUAAAAUUUUGAUCCGUUAUUUUCGUACUUUGGUCUGUCUUGAUUAUGGUAAAACAAAGGCUUCUGAGGGGACUGAGGAGGGAUUUUUUUUUUUUUUCUUAAAAAAACCCACACUAAAGCUGCAAGAUCAUGUUACAUGAAAGUAAAGAAUCUUACAGAAGUAAGUUAAGAUUGUUGCAGUGGAAUUAACUGACCUAUGUUGCAGAUACAUUAUAACAUAUGUAUCUAACACACUAAGUAAUGCUACAGUAGCAUGUGAUUGAAUCUACAUUCAUGUGGGAAGUUGAAUCUGAAGCCUUGUUAUACUCUGCAGUUUUCUGGGAACUUACAUGCUCUUAAGGGUUUCGGGGUGACAACUAGCUAUAUUACAUUGAAGAAAAGCAAGUUUUUUCAGUAGAUGGGCUUUGGCACUGCUUUGCAGUCUUGUGCCUAUUCUGGAACACUUACCUCAUGAGGGUGAGUCAGGAGCUCUCAUGCCUUUAGAGGAGUGUAGCAGCAGCAGAACCAAGGACGUGCUGGUGGGUACCACAAAUGGGAAGAAAUAGGGGUAGCUACAAGUAAAAAUUCUGUACAAAGAUAAUGGAGAAGGAAAGAAAGCACAGAAUUGCAUUAGCUACUGCUGUUUCUUUAGCUAUAUAUUUAAUACUUACGUUGCCUCUGUGUAAGCUUUUCUAUGUCAAGCCUGGCAUCCUAGGGACACAUAGCUUAUGUGACUAUACCAUGUAUUUUUUUUUUUUUUUUUGGUCUGUUGGUGGGGUAGAGGAAGGAGACACAGAGGAAAACUUGGGCUGUUUUAUUUUAAGUAUUUUGGCAACAGCUAGCAGGCAUCGGCCCUAGGUAGAGUUUUGAAAUAAUGCAGCAUACGCUGCCUCUUUCUAGUCACAAUAGUACCAUGGGACACCUCGGGUAAGGUUGGGAAGCUGGAGUUCCUGAAGUGAGGGGAGUUGAAAAGGCAAACGGCAGCUUGGAGGAAACCAAGAUUUGUUGGUUAGGUGGUUCACAGAACAACUUCUUUAGAAUGUUUUCUGUAUCCUGUUAUGCUGAGUUUUGAAGAAUAUUGAUUCUAGAAUCAUGUUGCUAAUCUGUUUUAAGUGUGAUUAUAGACAGUAGAUGUGAUAGAUAUAUUGUGUUCUUGGAAAAAAAAAUCUUGUAUUAGUAUCUGUGGUUUUUAGCUUUAUAUGAUUUAAGUUGAACACUUCUCUUAAUGUUUCAGGCAUUCCAGCUUUUUUGAUUACUUUCACUGAAGUCAUAGAUGUUUUUCAGUAGCUAGAGUGUAGUAAUUCUUGACUUGGGGCUGGUAGGUAGGAACUUGAGCUAGUGAGCAAAAAGAAUCUGGAUACUUGAGGAAUGUAGUAGGUGUGCAUUUGCUGCAGGUGUUAGUAGGUAGAAGGGUUAAAAGGGAGGAAGUGAGACCUGAAAUAGGUGAAGAUUUGCCAAAAAUAAACCAAGAGUAAGUUAAGAUGUAUUCUUGAAUCUUAGUGGUUUUAAAGAGUUGAGAGGUUUGGGUGGAAGCAGGCUAAGAUAGAAGGGAAACAGAAGAAGAAAAUUUGGAGCUGGGGACGUAGCACUGAAUCAUGCUAAAAAUGCUUGCCACUGUGUGGCAUGGGUAGUUUUAAGUCUUUAACUUAUUUUUAGGAGGUUAGUUGCAAUUUGAUUUUUUUUUCUUUUCUUUAUUCCUUUUCUUUUUUUCCCUAAACUGAUUUUUUUUUUUUGAAAAGGGAAGUUCUUUACUAUAUAAGGGAGACAUUCCUGAAAAAUUCCAUUCCACUCUGCAGCAAGGAAUUCUUUUGUGGACCUACAAGUUAUGAACCAUUUAUCAAAUUUUAAACGGCAGCCAGUCAUUAUGUACUGGGGCAAUAAAUUAUAUAAAGUAUGUGCUUUUGUGAAAAGCUUGCUGUAGACUCUUACAUUCGGUAGAAAUGACAGGAAAAAGGCCUGGGUUCUCCUACAUGGCAGAGCAUAAGUUGUAUGUGCAAUGCAUGUUUCCUCAGAUGAAAGUAAUUAAAUAGUGUGAAUAUAGACUAUGCAACUUUUAUAUGGUUAACUUUUUUAGGACUUGGCAAAAACUACAUUUCAUAUAAGAAAACUACCUUCAUGUUAAAACUGACAAAGUGCUCCUUAUCUAUUUAAGCAAUAAGUCUAAGUGAAACUGCCUUUUAAAGUUUAAAAAGUUAUUCUCUAUGUAUGUAUCUGAACCCUUCCUCCUUCUCCCCACCACCUCCCAUUCUAUUUUUGUGGUUUUUUUAAAAACUAAAAGGAAAAAAGCAAAAGUAAAUAACCUCACCAUAAAAAAAAAAAAAAUGGGAGGGGGUAGGAGGAGUAGGGGGUUGAGAAGGAGAGGGAAAGAGAGAAGUAAAAAAACCUUAGCAUUUCAUUUCCACUAGUUUUGAACUGAGUUGCAGCAAUUCUACAGAAAUACUCCAAUCCAGAUGUUUUUUCAGUGUGUUAAGAUUUCUGGAAAAUCUGAAACUCUGAAAGAUUUUCUAUUCUGUUAGACUUUGAAAAUUUGGGGAACACUUGUAUAUAUUUUAAACUACUGAUUUUAAGUGACUUAAAAGAAAUUGAAUGUAAACUUAACACUGAAUAAAUGUGGCAGGGCUUUGGGGUUUCUUUCGAAAAAAUAAAAUCCAGAAUGAUAAGUA